AAACCUCCUUCAAGAGCGGCAGAGCCUGGGCAGGGCCAGGAGCAGCCAUCCACUCAGCCUGUUCCAGGUCUCCACUUCGAAAGGAGAGUGCUGGACGGCCCCCAGGCCCCCUGAGGCUGGACUCUGAGCAUCAGAGUAGCCAUCAACUGGGUCAGGGACCCAAAGCAGCAAGUGGACCAUCUCACCUUCUCCACCAAAACAGAAAAGCAGGAUCCCGGGGCCCUCAGGUUUAGGCUGACCCCAGGCCUCUGGGCUCCUGGACACAAUGAGAGCCACAGGUCUGAUUCGCCUCCUGGCCUUGGCCUUCGUCCUGGUGGCCACCUGGAUCCUCCUUCACUCCUCCAACAGCUUCAGCACCAAAACCAUCCGCCUGCCGCGCUGGAUGGGAGCCGAGGACGCCAAGGACAUCAUCGAAACCAAGAAGGCCAAGUGCGGCCUCAGCAAGCCCUGCCCGACCAACUACUUUGCAUUCAAAAUCUGCAGUGGGGCCGCCAACGUGGUGGGUCCCUCCAUGUGUUUUGAAAACCAAAUUAUCAUGAGUCCCGUGAAGAACAACAUAGGCAGAGGCCUGAACAUCGCCCUGGUGAACGGAACCACAGGACAGGUGGUGAGACAGGACUCUUUCGACAUGUACUCCGGAGAUGCCAAGCUCCUGGUGAAAUUCCUUAAGGAAAUUCCACGGGACACACUGGUGCUGGUGGCCUCCUACGAUGACCCGGGGACCAAAAUGAACGAGGACAUCAGGUACCUCUUCUCCAACCUGGGGAGCUCCUACGUGAAGCAGCUGGGCUUCCGGGACAGCUGGGUCUUCUUAGGAGCCAGAGACCUCAAGAACAAAAGCCCCUUUGAACAGUUCUUAAAGAGUAACCCAGAAACAAAUAAAUACGAUGGCUGGCCGGAGCUGCUGGAGCUGGAGGGCUGUGUGCCCCGGAAGGUAUUCUAGCACUUCCUCGCCAGGGGCUUGAGGGAGCUUCUUGCUGACUUGGGACCCAGAGCCCAGGGACACUGCGCCGGGCAGCGACCUCGGAGGAAGAGGAGGGAGCCACCCGCAUGGAAGGUCCUGGCCGUCCUCACGCUCCGGCUCCCCUCCUGCUGCACAGCCAACACCCCCAUGGCCCUGCAAUGUCCACCCUGAGACACGUCCCCCUCCCCAGGAACUGCAGACUGCUGUUGGUCCCAAGGAAGGACCGGCUGCCCACCACACUGGACCAAAAUUAAAUGUUUGGGGUUUUUUUUUU